GAUGACGACAUCAGGCUGGCGGCGGCUGGGCUGCUGCAGCGGUAGCGGCUCCGGCUCGGAAACAGGAAGGGCUUCCGGAGCUGCCGGCCUGACCGCUGAGAGCUGCUGUCAUGGCGGCCGCUCUUUGGGGCUGGUUCUCCGUCCUUUUGCUACUGCUACUAGGGGAUGUUCAGAGCUCGGAAGUGGCUGGAGCUGUUACCGAGGGAUCAGGAGGAAGUGGGGUCGGCGUAGGAGAUCGCUUCAAGAUUGAGGGGCGUGCAGUUGUCCCAGGGGUGAAGCCUCAGGACUGGAUCUCUGCGGCCCGAGUGCUCGUAGAUGGAGAAGAGCACGUCGGCUUCCUUAAGACAGAUGGGAGUUUUGUGGUUCAUGAUAUACCUUCUGGAUCUUACGUAGUGGAAGUUAUAUCUCCAGCUUACAGGUUUGAUCCUGUCCGAGUGGAUAUCACUUCAAAAGGAAAAAUGAGAGCAAGAUAUGUGAAUUACAUCAAAACAUCAGAAGUGGUCAGAUUGCCCUAUCCUCUCCAGAUGAAAUCUUCAGGUCCACCUUCUUAUUUUAUUAAGAGGGAGUCAUGGGGCUGGACAGACUUUCUAAUGAACCCAAUGGUUAUGAUGAUGGUUCUUCCAUUAUUGAUAUUUGUGCUUCUGCCCAAAGUGGUCAACACAAGUGAUCCCGACAUGAGACGGGAGAUGGAACAGUCAAUGAAUAUGCUGAAUUCCAACCAUGAAUUGCCUGAUGUUUCUGAAUUCAUGACAAGACUGUUCUCUUCAAAAUCGUCUGGCAAAUCUAGCAGUGGUAGCAGUAAAACAGGCAAAAGUGGAGCUGGCAAAAGGAGGUAGUCGGGCAGUCCAGAGCUCGUAUUUGCACAGACACAGCAACACUGGGUGACAUCCAACCCUUGAGGGAAAACCGUGUGAAGCAACUACUGUAAACUAGACUCAACCUGAAAGCUGAUCUCUUAGAACUAUUGUAUGUGAUAACUUUGAGCACAUGUUUUGUACUUGGUACACAAGAAAACCCAGCUUUCAUCCUUUAUUUGUAUGAGAUCAAUAUUGAUGUCACUGAAUUAAUUACAGUGUACUAUAGAAAAUGACAUUAAUAAAUUAUAUGAAGUGCUAUACAUUAUGUAUAUUAAAAUAAGUCUUAAUCCAAAGAU